GCUGCUGGAGCUGCUGGGGCUGCCACUGGUGCAGCUGGUGCAGGUGGCAUGGCUGGUGCAGGGGGUGCUGCUGGAGCUGCCAGUGGUGCUGCUGGUGCUACUGGUGUGGGUGGAACUGCUGGAGCUUCUGGUGUCAGUGGGACUGCAGGCGCUGGUCGUGUUGGUGGAGCUGCUGGUGUCGGUGGUGCUGCAGCAGGAGCUAACGGUGCAGUGAAAGGUGUCACAUCAGGGGCUACAGCUGCAGGUGUUGAGGGUAAAGAUUUGGAAGAGUUUUUAGAGGAAGAUGAUGAAGACUCGUUUGAGGAUUCUGAUGAAGAUAGUGAGGGGGAGGGGGAAGAGGGGGAGGGAAGAGAAGGAGGUAUGAGAGGAGAAAGAGGGAAUGAAGCAGGAGAAGAUGAAGGAGAUGGAGAAGAAGGAGGAAAAGGAGGAAAACAGAAAAAACGAAUCAGGGCUGGUCCAUUGAUUCCUGACACAGUUAUAGGUUUUUGAUCGAUUUCCUGUGUGGAUUAGUAACAUUGACUGUAAAUGGAAAAAGUGAAAAGCCAACAGAAGCACCUUGAGCCAUUCGGUGUAGUUGAAAACCUAAAACAAAUAGAUCUGACGCAGCAAGACAUACAGAACAAAUCACUGGAUUUAUGAAAUUUGUGGUGAUUUCCUCUAAAACUGGAAGAAAAAAAAAAAAAUCAAAGAAAACAGUAUCAAGAGUAAAGCCAGGGAUGACUGGCUC